CAGACGUGGAGCGGACGGCGGGUGUGAUGAGGAGUGAGGUGUGAAGUGUGUACUUGGCCUGCAAUGACGAUGACAGCCCGACUGUUCCCCCGUUGUAUCCGGCACCUCAGCGCGUCGCUGCACGCCCUGCCAGCCUGUGCCGGCGCGGCCACCUGCCGCGGGAGGGUAGCGCCCGGACACCGCUGGUCCUGCGUGCCGUGGGCCGGGUUGCACGGGUCGGCCGCCCGCCGCCAGACCGACCCGUCGCCCGCCGCCGCUGCCGAGUGGCACCACCCCCGGCAACCGGAACGCACCCAGGCCGAGGAGCUGAUCGAAACGGCCGGCACCGUGGAGCAGCUCCUGCAGAUCCCCGCCCGACAGAAGGUCACUGGCAACCAAGCGGCCGCCGCCCUCGUCCGUCUGUGCGGCAUGGCGGUCGGCGAGAAACCGCUCGUGGACACCGUCACCCAGGAUCCGCGCUUCCAGGAGCUCUUAAACACCAUCGACAGCCAGAUAUCUGUGGUGUGGAAUGGGAACUUGAUCAGCCUGCUGCGGAGUCUCUUUGCCAUCGGGCUGGAUGCCAACAACCCGGUCCUUCGGUCCGUGGAGACCGAGGUGCACUGGCGGCUGAGGCGGCUCACCUUUAGAAACCUCACCUCGCUCGUCGACUUCUACACCGGCCUUGCACGGACGGAGCAGCAGAAGUUGCUGCUGAGCGACCUGGUCAAGCACGUGGAGCUGCGGUGGGCGGAGAUUGUCGACGCAAAGGCCGUGGCCUUGCUAAUGAUCAAACUCGGACACCUGUCCAGCACGCUGAUGGACAAACUGGAGGACAAGUGCUUGGAACUGGCUGAGAACUUCACUCCCGAUGACACAAGGAAAGUGAUGCUGGCCUUGGCCAUACAGAGUCGCCGCUCCGUCCCCCUGCUCCGUGCCCUCUCCUACCACUUCAUGCAAAAGCACCUGGACCUGAAGACCAGCGUACUGAUUGACAUGGCGUUUGCUUAUGGAAAGCUGAACUUCCAGCAGACGCAGGUAUUCCAGCGGCUGGCCUCCGAGCUGCUCCCCAGGGUCCCGGAGCUGAGUUCGCUCGACGUCAUGCGAUGCACAAAGUCUUUUGCCUACCUGAAGUGGCUCAAUCUACCUUUGUUUGAAGCUCUUGCACAGUAUGUACACGAGCACUGUGGCAAGAUGUCGGAGGUACAACUCUGCAACAUCAUCAUGGCCUUUGCCCGUCUCAACUAUCAACCAGCCACUGGAGAGGCCUUCUUUGCUCAGAUUCACACUAGGCUGAAUAGUGCCCUGUUGCAGAUGGACCCCUUCCUGCUGGUCGAUUUGGUUUGGUCCCUCUGUAUAUUACAGCAGGUGAACCCCCUCUACCUCAGUCACGCACUCAAACCGCAGCUCUACCAAAGAAUUACAGAAGGGACACAGUCGCAGAAAAGGGAGAACUACAAACUGAAGUUGGUGCACAUCAACGCCACGGCCCGCCUUGAAUGUCCUGACUACAGCGGCCCCUUCUUGCCAAGCCAGUGCCUGUACACCUGGGUCUCAGGAGGCAAGAAGAAGCCCAGUCCAAUGAGUGCUGGCGUGCGUGAGGCUUUGCAGUCGGCGCUCGGGGACCAGGCUAAAUAUCGCUGUGACGUGGACACCGCUUACGGCUGGGUUAUUGAUGGGGAGGUCCUGAUGGAUUCUGAUAGCAAGCCUCUCGACGUCCAGGACUACACAGCCUUGCACGCACUCCAGCCCCGUGGGACAAUGCCCCUUCCCCCUGGGGCCAAGAGGUUGGCACUGGUGACGAGGGAGUUUCCUAAUUACAUGUCUCGUAGCAGGGAGCUGCUCGGACGAUUCGCCAUGUCCCGUCGGCACCUGCAGGCCGCGGGAUUCCUGGUAGUGGACGUACCGUACUACGAUUGGCUUGAACUGAAGUCCGAGUGGCAGAAGGUUGCGUACCUGAAAGACAAAAUGAGCAAAGCCAUAGGCGAGGAAAUGGCGCAGUGAGGCCCCGCGCCCGCCUCUCUCCACCGUGAGCCUUGCUUGCUGCUGGGUAGUGAAGGCUGCACAACCCCGCUUGAAAUCCCUGCAGGAAUCCAUCCGCGCAGUCGGGGCUUGGAGUGAUUUUCGUUGUACAUACCGUAUUUUAAAGUAAAGGACUGCACAAGUUCAACGGUU